CGCACAGCUCCAAGCGGGCAAGAGGGUAGAUCUUGGGGCCCUCAGCGAUGUCGGGCAGCGGAAGGUAGGAUGUUGGUAUUAAUAUCAUCGAACCUCGCAGACCAUCGAAUUUUUGCACGCCCUCUCGCCUGCCCUCGGGGUCUGAACGUGCAAAUCCAUCAGUCUCAUCCUCAACCCCUCACCUCCACUACAUCAUCACGAUGCGCCUCCCCGGCCCCCUCUCAGCCAUCCCGCCCCGCGCCCUCCAGCUGAUCGCCCUCCUGGUGCUGGUGAACGCCAUCGUCUGGGCCGUCGCCGGCGUAGUCUUACACUUCCACCCAACCCUCAUCUCCCCCGCGGUGCUAUCCUACACCCUCGGCCUUCGCCACGCCCUCGACGCCGACCACAUCAGCGCCAUCGACCUGACCACGCGCAGGCUGAUCGCCUCGGGCCAGCGGCCCGUCGCGGUCGGCACCUUCUUCAGCCUCGGCCACUCGUGCGUCGUGAUCAUCACGUGUGUCGUGGUCGCCGCCACGGCGGGCGCGCUGCGCGAGCGGUUUGCCGAUUUCCAGCGUGUCGGGGGCAUCAUUGGCACGAGUGUCUCCGCGGCCUUUUUGCUACUGCUUUGUGUGGGCAAUGGGUGGGUGCUCUGGCGGUUGGUGCGGAGGUUGAGGGUUGUGCUGGCGGAGCAGAGGCGAGGGGAGACCGACCAGUCGGUGUAUGAUGAUGAUGAUGAUACUACGGGGACGGGGCAGAGGGGCGUGCAGCAGCAGUUGGAGGGUGCUGGGCUCAUGGGGAGGGCCUUUCGGGUGGUCUUCAAGAUUGUCGAUCGGCCGUGGAAGAUGCUGCCUCUGGGGUUUCUGUUUGGGCUGGGGUUUGACACCAGUUCUGAGGUGGCGUUGCUCGGGAUUGCGAGCAUCCAGGCUACGAACGGCACGAAUAUCUGGGUGAUCCUCAUCUUCCCGGCGCUUUUUACGGCCGGUAUGUGCCUUUUGGAUACGACCGACGGGGCGCUCAUGAUGGCCCUCUACACGUCCAAGGCCUUUUCCAGGGAUGUGGUCGCCAUCCUGUACUACUCGAUCGUGCUGACGGGCAUCACGGUGUUUGUCUCGGCCUUUAUCGGCGUCAUACAGGUGCUGUCGCUUGUCCAGAACGUCGCUGAUCCCGAGGGUGGCUUCUGGGACGGCGUCAGCGAGAUUGGCGAGUACUACGAUGUCAUCGGUGGCUGCAUCUGCGGUCUGUUCCUUCUUGUUGGGCUUGGCUCGGUGCUGGUGUACCGGCCCUGGAGGAGACGGAUGGAAAGGAGAGCGGCUAGCCGUGCAGCUGAGGGUCAAAUCACGCCCGAGCCCCAGAGUCCCGAUGCUCUUCUUCCACCUGACAUGCCUCGUGCUCCUGGAUAUGGCACAGAGGUCUGAACAAAUCCCUUGGGACAACUUAGAUUCAGAGUUAAGGGGCUUCGGGCUGGUCUCUCAGAGCUAGUAUCGGAAUCUCACAAGUCAUAUCUGACCAAUCCAGCAUCAAUGAUUCUUGAACACCAAGAUCUUUGUGGUCGCACCGCAACAGGUAUAGGGG